AUGGUGUUCCGCGGCGAUACGGUGAUGUCCGUUGCCCAUUUAUCGGCGGGUGUUUUUCAGCGAUUCCGGUCGAUUCCGCCGUCGGAUCGAAUCAGCAGCGGCGAGAUGCUGGAGCUCGUUUGCUGUUUUCCGCUUCAGCAGUUGGGUCGAUUCGUCAUGUGGUUCUGGAACUAUGUCUGCGUUCCGCCGCCGGAGAUUUUGUACUUCAACGACGACGAUGAGCGUGAUAGUGAUGGUGUUUAUGGACGACCAUCAACAUCGUCUUCGAUUGUUAAUCAUCUUCGUUUGGAGUGA